CAAGGACGAGUUUUUGCUGAAGAUGUGCACAAAUCGUCAUCAACACAAACAAGCGGUAUGAGCGGCGACGCUGAUGACGGGGAAGGCGAGCACGUUCCUUUGCUGGAGCAGGCUGGCGGACGAGAUGGCGACGAACGAGGCGGGACUGGCAAUGGGAGCGACGGCGGCGGUGGCAGCGGCAGCAGUCAAGGAAGGAAGAAGAAGGGUGGCAAGGGGCUGUCAAGAAGGUCAGGUUUGCGGGCAAGCCUGAUGCGGGCGUCUGCGUGGUUUGGUGUUGACGAUGCACCACAGAUUGGGGUGGCGGUGCGAGCCAGCAAGAAGCAGCGCAAGCGGUCGAGUGACAAGCAGGGCGAGGGGUCGCCAGCCUCGCACUCAAGCAGCCCACAGCAGCAAGGCCAAUACAAUGGAGCAGCCGAAGGCAUGGGCCCUUCUUCAUCCGCAGCAACAGGGGUUGCAGAUACAACCGCAGCUACGUCUGCCUCAGCAACGACAGACACAGCCCACCUGAAGAGCGCUUGGUUUCACGGGCGCAUCAGUGCGCAGACGGCGCGGCGGCGGUUGGAGACAAAGAGCCCGGGGUUCGUCGAGGGGGGCGUAUUUCUUGUUCGACAAAACUCCCACUGCGAGAACAUCCUCGUCCUUGCCUGCAACGGGCGCCCGUGGUCCUUCAAGAUCCAUGAAGUCUCACCAUCUCGUGACACACAUACAACACAGUUUCGGCUCGGGUCAGAAACAGCCUUCCACACCAUGCCAGAUCUCAUUGCACACUACCGCAGCACGCGCGGUGGCCUGCCGUGUCGUCUGACUGCUGGCGUUCCGCGCCGACGCGACAACCUCAAGCGCAUGUCCAUGGCGCUGCUUGGCGGCCGCGGGCACGAGGAAGCAAAGGACUGGCAGGCGCAGGCGGGCCUCGAAGAAAGCAACGCCACCUCCACCGCCAGGACGCGAGACGAUGGAACAACGACCGGCACACCUUCAGUGUCCUCGUCAUCACCGCCAGCAGCAGCUGCGAUUGCAGAGUACAAUUCUGGCGAUAACGGCGAGAGUUACGGGACUGCAGGCGGUGACAGGAGGAGGAAGAAGAGGAGAGGAACACGGCGUGAUGGAGGAGAAGGAAGGAAAGAGAGGAGGAGUGAGAGAAAUGAUGACGGACGCGGUGGUGGCAGUAGCGGUGGCGGCGGUGAUCGGGGGAGACGAGGGCACAGGAGGAGCGAGGACGAGUCGAGUGAUGACGACGACUACGAGUAUGAAGGCGGGUAUGAGAUUAUCGGUAUGGACCAGUUCACUCCAUGGUUUACCAUCAUCGUCACCGUCGUGCAAGUCAUUGUCAUGGCUGCAAUCCUCAUCCGCACGGGUCUGCAAACCGUCUCACGCCAACACGACGAGGAACUUCACUUUGGGUGCUGCGUCAAAGAUGACGAAGGAUUUGAGUCGUGCGGCAUGACAGCUGCUGACGGCUGCCCUGCAGAUGCCUCGUUUCUCGGCGCCGGCGUCGCCUGUCCUUCAUCCUGCUCUGAAUUUCGUCUUCGCCCAUGCUGCACGCAAUCAAACGGAACGUGUCAGGUCCUCACCAGAGACCACUGCACGUUCCUCUCCGGCAUCUGGCAGUCGGAUGCGCAGCUCUGCAGCGACGUCAGCUGUCUCAAACACACGUGCGGCUUCAGCAUGAAGGACCCAUCGGAACCGAAUCAGUGGUAUCGCUUCUUCACGUCCAUCUUUGUGCAUGCAGGCAUCAUCCACAUUUUUAUCGUUGCGACGUUCCAGUGGACGGCUGCCGCCGCCGUUGAGCGCAAAUGCGGAUUCCUGCGCAUGCUGCUCAUGUACACCAUCGCCUGUGUUGGCGGCAAUUUGGUGAGCGGCAUCUUCUCUCCGCUGUAUCCACAGGUCGGCGCUGCCGGCGGAGUGUUUGGCGUUCUCGGCAUCUCCAUUGUUGAUCUCUUCCACUCGUGGCCGGUGAUUGAACGGCCGAUGUCCAAGCUGCUGUCACUUCUCAUCGAGAUUGCUGUUCUAUUCUUCAUCGGCACUCUCCCAUGGAUCGACAACUUUGCUCACAUCGGCGGAUUUGUGUUUGGCGCCGUCUCCGCGGUUGUGUUUCUCCCAUACGUCACCUUUGGCAAAUUCGAUGCCGUCAAGAAAGGUGUACUGCUGUGCGUGUGCAUUCCGCUCUUGAUUGCGCUCUUCGCUGUUGCUCUCAUUCUCUUCUACGAAAUCCAGGACUCUGAGUUCUGCCCGGGCUGUGACGCAAUCCAGUGCAUCAGUUGGGUCUCUGGCCUGUGCAACAGCAUCGACUUUUGA